AUGCGCGCGGCGGAGGCGGCGGCCGGCGAGGUGGUGCUGCGCGUGCACCCCACCCAGGAGGCGGAGCGGCGCCGCCAGGACGUCAUCGGCUACCUCAAGCGCCUCGUCGGCUCCUCCGUCGGCUGCGAGGUCUUUGCAUUUGGAUCAGUCCCGCUGAGGACUUAUCUCCCCGAUGGCGAUGUUGAUAUAACUGUACUGGGGAACACAUGGUUAAACAGUACAUUCAUUAAUGAUGUCCGUGCUGUACUCGAGUCAGAGCAGGAGAACUGUGACGCCGAGUUCAAAUUAACAGGCUUGCACUUCAUCAACGCUGAGGUCAAGCUCAUGAAAUGUGUUAUUGAGAAUAUUGUUGUGGAUGUCUCUUUCAACCAGAUUGGCGGUGUAUCCACAUUCUGUUUUCUUGAACUGGUUGACCGUCAGGUUGGAAAAAACCAUUUGUUCAAAAGGAGCAUUAUGUUAAUCAAGGCUUGGUGUUACCAUGAAAGCCGCAUAUUAGGAGCUCAUCAUGGACUUAUAUCGACUUAUGCAUUGGAAACACUUGUUCUUUACAUAUUCAACAUGUUCCACAAAUCUCUGCAUGGUCCUCUGGAGGCCUUUUAUAGGUUUUUAGAAUAUUUUAGCAAGUUUGACUGGGACAAGUAUGGAAUUAGCUUAAAUGGUCCUGUUGAUUUGUCGCUAUUGCCAAACUUAACUGUUGAGCCUACAGCAGGACAAGACGAAUUAUUGCUUGACAAGGAGUUCGUUCAAGGCUUUCUGGAUCGACUUGUUGUUGUUCCAAAUGAGUCUGGUGGAUGUGACACGCAAUUUCGGCAGAAGUUUUUGAACAUAAUUGAUCCACUCAAGGGCAACAAUAAUCUUGGCAGAAGUGUCAGCAAAGCAAACUUUUAUCGCAUACGGAGUGCUUUCUCAUUUGGAGCACAAAAGCUUGGUCAAAUUCUCAUGUUAUCUCCAGAGUUUAUUUGCAAUGAAAUUUAUGAAUUUUUUGCAAACACACUGAAGAGACAUGGAAAGGGAGAAAGACCUGAUAUUGGCAAUAGUUCAUUCCAAUCCUUGCUUGGUCCUGAAAAUACGCUUAGUGAUGAUGGCUCGAGGUUGAAAACUUCUUGCAUGAAUGAUGCUGAAAACAGAAGUGACAAGGACUUGAGUUUGACAGAUGCGCAUAAGAAUUCAGAUAAUACUACACUUCCACCCUUCUUGCUAUCAAAUAUGCUGGAUCUCUCAGGCGAUCUGGAUUUGCACUUGGGAUGCCUUCGCAAAGUUCAGUACCACCUGGAGUCCUCGUUUGACGAACUCCUACCGGCUGUUGAAGAAGCUUGUUUAGCUGGGUUGCUAGAUGAGGAUUCUUUCAAGAUUCCGACAAUGACCUUCAAGUCAAGGUCAAAUGCUAGCAAUGGCCUAUCAUUAGCUUCGUCUAUUGACAGCGAGAGAAGGGAAUUAUCUCCAGUUUAUUGCUUUCAUAGCACAAGAGAUGAUUCUCAGCAACCACAUGCCGAGGCCCAAGUGGAUGUGGUUUGGCUCAAGAGUUUGCCAUUGUUCUCCAACGGAUCCACAUUGUCUUCAUCUCCUUCGACUAAUUCAGAUAACUAUCCUGCUUCUUGGUUUUGUGUCUCUCCUAAGUCGCGGGGAACUGGCACAUAUAUUCCCAAAGUGAAUUACUAUUCGUACCAGGAUCGCAUGUCAUUUGAAAGAGAUAUCAUGCGAGAAAGAAAGCAAAGACAGAGGGUACCUGGUCGUCAGUACUACUCAGCUGAGCAAGGAUAUUCAAGUUCACAAACUGAGCACGCCACAGCUCAAAAUCAAUCGCCCAAGAUGCAGACCAGUUCGCAACAGAAUGGUUAUUCAAGCAAGAUCCCAGUUCCAAGUGGAGAUUUAGUUGAUCUCAAGGAGCACGUAGCAACAGACGGUGGAACCAAACAGGCAGUAGGAAAUGUUAUUGAGAAUGGCAGACAGACAAGGCCACCAUCAUCGUUAGGGAUGGUACUUCCUCACAAUGGUCAAGGAAAUCCCUCGGUAUUGAAUAGCUGUCAGACCUCCUCACCCGCCACAGCCGAAGAGAAUCUCGAGUUUGGAUCGUUCGGGCCUUUCUCGUUGGGACUCGUCUCGGCUCGUUUCGAGGAAGCAUUCCCAGCUCUCCCCUCUAGAAAGAGAAUUGAAGAAGUGCCUGUCCCCGCCACCGAGGGACCUGCUGAUGAAGCCCCUGCCCCAACGCCAACGGUGCUGAACACUGACACUGUUGAAACCGAAAGCAGGUCACAAAAGGUGUACCAACUGAAAGAUGAAGCUGAUUUCCCCCCGCUCCAAGCUGGCUGCCGCUGAGACUGACAAGACAUAGAUAUGAUCCAACAAGCUAAUCGUAGCCGUAGAAAGUGAAGAGGGGAAGCUGGAGGAGUUACAGCAGUAUGUCGGAUAGGUGGCCCAGCAGGAUUUUCGUCCGGUUGCACACCAAGUUGA